GCACAGUAUGACACUCACGAAACCUGUGAACAUACAUUGGGCUGGCACUCUUAUUCCUAAAUUUCGACUAUAAACCGCAUCAUUUCAUUUCGAUACAUAAUAUUUCGGGGAAAUAUAUAGCGAGCUACCUAUUUCUCUUAUUUCCAACCAGACUUUUAAACCGAGGCAUGCGGUGAUUGGGCGUCUUGGAGUCACGCGGUGUGCAGUCGCCCUGCCGCUGAAUGCGAGCUUAACUGCCAGCUUUAGCAGCGGUUCUAUCUGGAUCCUCCGCGCAGAACCUACAACAAUUACUGAUUAUUACUGAAGACCUUUUCUUCUUUUGGAAGACAGUUCUUCACCAUGGGCGACAAGAAAAGCCCUACCAGGCCAAAAAGACAAGCUAAACCAAGUGCUGACGACGGAUAUUGGGACUGUAGCGUCUGCACCUUCAAGAACAGUGCAGAGGCUUUCAAAUGCAGCAUAUGCGAUGUGAGGAAGGGCACAUCCACAAGGAAACCCAGGAUCAACUCCCAGCUGGUGGCCCAGCAGGUGGCUCAACAGUACGCGAUGCCUCCCCCGCCCAAGAAGGAGAGGAAGGAGAGGCCUGAGAGGGAGCAUGGCCCGGACGGGGAGCUCUUGGACGGGGAGGGGGAGCACCCCGAGGGAGAGCUUCUGGAGAGAGUGAAGCCAGAAGUAGAAGGAGAACCUCCCCUGGAUAAAGACGAGAGCAAUAAGGAGAAGCCGGAAAACGACCAAGCAGAAAAGCCAGAGCAAGAGGAGGAAAAAGAAAAAGGGAAAGAGAUCAGCCUAGCCAGGCCCAUCGCCAAGAAACCCAGCAUCAAAGAGAUCAGCCUAACCGGGCCUAUAGCCAAGAAACCCAGCAUCAAAGAGAGCAGCCUAGCCGGGCCCAUUGCCAAGAAACCCAGCAUUAAAGAGAGCAGCCCAGCCGGCCCCAUUGCCAAGAAACCCAGCAUAAAAGAGAGCAGCCCAGCUGGCCCCAUUGCCAAGAAACCCAGCAUAAAAGAGAGCAGCCCAGCCGGGCCCAUCGCCAAGAAACCCAGCAUCAAAGAGAGCAGCCCAGCCAGCCCCAUCGCCAAGAAACCCAGCAUCAAAGAGAGCAGCCCAGCCAGGCCCAUUGCCAAGAAACCCAGCAUCAAAGAGAGCAGCCCAGCCAGGCCCAUUGCCAAGAAACCCAGCAUCAAAGAGAGCAGCCCAGCCAGGCCCGUUGCCAAGAAACCCAGCAUCAAAAAGAUCAGACCCAAGACAGACGUUCAUCAGAGCUUACCCAGCAUACAGUCUGGGGAGUCAACAACCAAGAUCAACAACUCUCACAUCUCCAGGCCCAAACUGAAGAACAUUGACCGGAGCACCGCUCAGCAGCUAGCCAUAACGGUGGGGAACGUGACAGUCAUCAUAACGGACUUUAAGGAGAAGACCCGCUCCUCGUCCACAUCCUCGUCCACCGUGACGUCCAGCUCGGGCUCCGAGCAGCGGCACCAGAGCUCCGGCUCCGAGAGCAUGGACAAGAGCUCGUCUCGCGCCUCCACCCCCAAAGGAGAGCUCUCUGUGGGGCACGACGAGUCCUUCUGAGCCCUCCAGUCCAGGUGCUCCGUGAUGACUCUGGAUGGGAUCCCUUAGGGGGAGAUAUUUCACCUUCCUUCCUCCUGCCUCCGCCUUCCUUCUAUCACAGUCCCAGGAUGCUGAGAGAGCUAGUUGAUUGGAGCAGUCUGCCUUCUGAUUGGAGCAGCCCAUGGCAUGCGCCUAAUGGAGAAACGUCCAAUCAUGGGUACACGUUGAGCAUGGCCCAGGCGGGAGAGUGGGGCUGAUGGGAAUAGCGCCCCCACUGGUGGCAUCCUGACACUUGUAUGUAUUGUUUGAUAUUUGUACGUGGAUGUGCGGCCGACAUUUUGUUUUUGUGUAAAGAAAUGAUCUGCUGUACACAAUAACACCACCAUUUUAGCAACUCUGAAACAUGACCCUUAUUUAUUACUUGUUGCACCCUUAUACUUUGAGAGACUUUUCUUUUGUUGAGGCUUUGCUGUGUAGUUGUACCCCAUCUCUCACUUUGACACUUGUUUUGAUGGUUGAACUGGUAGGAUGGGACAAGACACUUGAGACCACAACACACUGGUGCUACAUCGAUACACUGUGAAACAGUUUCCAACGUGGGACUGUCAUUCACAUGAUCCAACAAAAGUGCUAAUAACCCAGAAAUUCUCUUGCUCUCUUUCUCUCUGCCUCUUUCGCACACUCUCUCUCACUCUCUUACACUCGUGUCUGAUUUUAGUUUGAACCUCCAUGUGGUCUUUCAGGUUGAUGUGUAGAGGUGAAUGUGCAGCAUAUAAAGGUCACCUGCUUUGUUUUGAUUUGAAGGGCCUACAAUGUCAACUCAACACACACCCAAACCUUUGUCUAUCAUUUAGUCUGAUAGAUGCUAUAUAUCUUAUACAGUCUGUGUCUCCUGUCCUUGACUCUAUAGUGUAGGCUAUUGUGAAAAACACUAAAGUUGUUGAUGUUUUUGCAUUCCGUCGCUUUAAUAUUGGGUAGCCAGUUGAGGAAAGGUGUGGCACCUUUUUUUUCUUUUCUGUAAUGACUGAAGGAAAGGUCAAGUUCAGAUCCACCUGUCAAGACCACAUUUUGAACUGUAAUAUAGUGAUGCCAUAUACCGUUUAUGAUAUCCAACUGAUGCUAAGGGACUUCAGGUUUUUAGAAGUCCUAGCGAACAUUUAGUAAUGUAUUUUUUUGAAUGCUCUGGUUUACAAAGUUGUGAUUUUUCCGGUUUAUUUAGUGCAAAGGCCUGGACAGUUCAUGACAAUUUGAGAAUUGAUUUGAGUGACUUUUUCUGCUAAGAUAUAUUUAAGACUCCAAUAUGUAGGUUAAUUGAAGGCAGACACAUUGCAAGUAGAUGAUAUAGCUAAUAGAAUAAUAUUGCAUUUUUGUUUUGCAUUUUCAAAGCAGUAAACACUUACCUAAAUAACCAAUUAAAUGGUUCUAAUUCUCAUUCUCCUUAGAUGAAAAUAGACCAUUUCCUCUUUAACUGUAUUAAAUUGUAUAAAGAAUAAAUGUGUAUAUCUUAGUUUUAUUUAUUGAAGGACCAAAGGAAUUUCAUAAUGACAUGAUACAUAGACAAAUGAAUAACAAUUUGAGAUGCAAUUAUAAAAUGUGUGAAAUGAAAUACAUUUUAAAUAAAGACUAAUAUAAUCCA